UGGAUUCACAGUAAGUAUUUGGCUUUGCUACUACUAAUACCCAAAUGACACAUCAUCAUGCACCUAAAACUAGGACAAAGCUCUAAUGAUUAUAGUCUAAAACCUUUAAAUAUAGAUUUAGUGAACUAUCAUCAGUCAAUGUGAACUUAGAGCUGGCAGAAACGCAGCUAAUAUUAGCAUUGACAAGGCAUGAAUCUAGUCAUGAAAAUGAAUUAUUAUCGUUUAGAUGGAAGUGAAAGUGAUAAGGAUGAAAGUAGCUCUUUACAUCAAGAAGGAAAUAUUCGGUCUGGAUCUCAAUACCUUAGUCCCCAGAAGACCUUGAGCAUAAGCGCAAAGGAAGAUAUUUCAGAAAUACUUCAUAGGUUAGAUGCAAAACACUUCGAUGAUAAAUCAGUGUUACACUUCAUUUUUCUAAUUCUAGCAAUUGAAAACUCUGUAGAGCUAUCAGAACUCGCUAAUGAAUCUUGAAAUAAUCUAAAAUCGCACAAUCAUCUUGGAAAGAACAUCACUACAGCUAGAAAGUAUCUCUUCUCUCACAUUGAAAUCUCAGACAGAGCUGUAGAAUAUUGUAUGGAAGCUAAUAGUCCUGAAGCUAUGGCUUAUUUGUUAAGAAAUUUGGAAUUCCUCUCCAUAACUCCGACAGUUAGAUACACAUACGUCAGAAGAAUGGCCAUAAAUUAUUCUAUAACUAAGGAUGUGAUUGAGCAGAUAGUCCAGAACAAAGUCCAUGUCAAAGAUCUCCAUAUCAUGAAGGAUGAAGGACUUGAUGGCCCAUUAGGUGAUUAUUCUAAAAUUAAAUCUGCAUCAAGUAUUGUCUCUAUUCAGCAAAAAUCUGAAUUACCAUUGGAAGCCAUUAAUGAAGAAUCUGAUAGUGAGGAGUCAAAAGAAGAGGGAAGAUAUCCUACCAACUUUCAAAGAGCAACAGAAGAAAGGAUGGAGUCUAAAAGCUCGAGAGCUCUGAUGAUUCUUCAGAGUAAAGACCUUCCUCCUCCUCAAACAUCAUCUUGUGUGUUCCUUGAGAUCGAAGUUAUUUUAGAAGUCAUCUUUAGAUCAGGGCAAUUUACUUUUGAUGAAGAGUUCGAAAUUCUUGCCAACUUCUUUGGUGAUUUCAGUCAGCUACAAGCGUCUAAUAAAAACAUGCUUGUUCGCUUGUUGAUUACUUAUGAAAAGAUUGACCUGAUUCAUAAAAUCUUGGAGAUCUUUCAAAGUAUGAACAUCAAAAGAGCUCAAGACUUUGGAUACAAAGGAAUUAUCUCAUUGAGUCUAUCAACAAUAUCGAAAGCAUUUGAGAGCCCAGAAACUGUGAUAAGAGGCUUUGUACUUGAAUUGGUGUUCACAAUCAUUGAUUUUGGAAACAUUUUCUUCCUCGAAGACAUCGUACGAGGCUUUAGAAGCUUGAUUGAAAACAAUACCAUCCCAAUUGUGAACAGAAUCGUACUAUCCAUUGAAAAAAAAUACGAAAGUAAUGAGCCUAUUAUUUUUGCAGAUUAUUACUUCAGCAGUAUUCUUACUCUCUGUGAAAUUGGAGUUGCUGAUAUGAAGACUAUUCAGGACCUCAUGAGUGUGAUGAGAAAGCUCCUUAAGCAGGAUCCGAAGUUAAAUUUCCUCGCUAAUUGUUACAAUCCAAUUAAGAUAUUUAUCGAUAUAGCCAGGAUGCUUAGGAGGAUCAAUGAAAUUUUUCAUAAUUUUGAGGAAGAAGUCAAGAAUCUGACUUCAGAAUUUGAGGGAGUUAUUAUCAAAAUAAUCAACGAGAGAGAAAGCUCUGAUCAUCUCAGGAAUUGGCUUUAUGAGGACUAUAACUCAUCCUUUAAGAUAGUAGACUACAUAGCCUACUUUGAGUUCUUGAAUAUUCUCAACCAUCCAAAAAUGAUUAAGACAGUUGAGCAAAUGUGGAUGGGCAAGUACGAUCUAAACACUUUCUCUCGUGCUGAUAUAAACUACUUUUUGCCUUUUAGAAACGAAACAGUUUCUCCAAACUAUGGCAUAACUGGUGAAGAAAGCUUAGCAAUCAUGAGACCUGGCCACUGGUUCGGGUUUUACAAGUAUCCGAUAUGGAGCAUUGGCAUUAAAAUUAAGCAGCUGUGUGAUGAAUGGCACCAACAAAAAACAGGCACUGAAAAAGUUCUUCUGAAAGGAGCAAGAUGGGGAUUCUCCUUCUUUAAGGACUCAAUGUACUUUUAUUACAAUGUGGUAUUUUUCAUAGAUCUGAUUCUUGGACUGACUAUAGCAUUAAUCUUCGGUCUGGUAAUCUAUGAGCAAGCAAAUUUGAUUAAAACCUUUGAAAACCAAAUUGAAAGCCAGACUGAUCCAUUGUCAAUAGAGGAAGGGUAUGCCACUCUCGAAGGCGAAGGCCAAAGAUGGAGAGAUUACUAUAUUAUAUUCAUCUUAUUCUCUGCAGUUUUUAACGUGAACUUUGUACAAGAUAUCUUGAUUUAUAUAUCAUUCUUCAUAAGAAAGAUAGACAGAAAGAAUCUGAGCACUGUGUUUAAAUGGAUCACUGUAGCAGACACAACUUGAAUCAUCUUUUCUUAUAUACUUUACAUAGAGUUUUCUAGAGUUUAUAGCAAAGAUCGAGAUGAGUACAGAGUGGAAGAGCGAAAUUACAGAAUGAUGAUUGACUCAAAAGAUGGAAAUUUUGAUCCAUUUUCACUUAUGAUUGGCAUUGUUUGUUGUAUCAGUAUCCGCAUUCUGCUAAACCUUGUUUACAAUACUCUGUUUGGAUCAUUUGUUCAAAUAGUUAUCCAGAUGGCUCAAGACUCAUUCAUCUUUCUAUGUAUUUACACCAUUGUGAUCAUAGUAUUUUCUCUGAUUGGUUCUGCUUUAUUCUAUGACCUGAAAGAGUUCAAGAACUUUAUUGAAGCAUUUAUUCAUCUUUACGAGUCAGCUUUGGGGGCAUUUGACUAUGAUAUCUUUGAAAAUGCAGGAGAGACAAAUCCAUUCAUUGGUAAAUUAUUCAUGGGCCUUUAUUUACUGAUUUCAGCAAUUCUGCUGCUUAACUUCUUGAUUGCUAUUAUGGCAGACACUUAUGCAGCAUUCAAGAAUUACAGUCUUGGUAUGAAGAUGGCUCAGGUUAUUAAGAUUAGGCCAAUUUAUGAUGAUCAUCCACAAUUCUCUUGUCUUGUAAAGAGUCUUCCUAUUCUGAACUUCAUCGUUCUUAUCAUGCUUCCGUUCAUUAUUAUAUGAAGAUCAACAACUCUUAACAAUGUGAUUCUCAGAAUAGAGUUUCUAGCAUUCCAAUUCUUCAUGAAAUCACUAUGACUACUGAUAGGUUUCAUGCUUCUUCCUAUUUUAGGUGUCUAUCUCCUGGUCGAAAAGUUAAGAAGUAUAUGAUUCUCUAAGAGAAGAAAAGUAUGAUUCAUUUGGGCGGUUAUUGACUUUAUAAUCUUAGUCCCUCUCAACCUGUUCAAUGCCGCUUAUAUCUUGCUUUAUUGGUUAAUUGUGUCUACUCUUCAUGAGAACUUGAGUAAGAACAUUCUGAAAGUAACUGAAAUAUUCCAAGAAGACUUUAUUAAUAUCAAUAAAAUAUGAGAUAAGUCAUACGGAGAUGAGAAUGAUGAUGAUGAUCACAAUAAUGAUCUCUAUUUAUUCAAAAAGUCAUUAGGAACCGAACUUAAGAUCGAGUAUAAUCCUUCUAACAUGAUGCUUGCUGAAACUACUGUCUCUAUCUUAGUUGCUGUGCUUAAGGAGUCUGAGGACGAUGCGAGAAAUCUGGGAAAGAAUUACAUCCCCACUGCGUAUAUCAUCAAAAAUUUGAGGAAAUAUAUGUUCGUUGACACAAUUUUGUCCACUCUUAUUUAUCAAAUUGAUGCCAAAAGAAAUGAGCUGGCUAAUUGUAAAGAACUUGAAGACCUAGUAGAUCUCCUUGUUGACAGAUCUAUUGGAGGAAUCUACAAGAAAGGUGUUGCUGAUGAAUACCCAGAUUACAUAGAGGAAGAUGGUGAUAAUCUGAUCCUUAAAACUUCCCUAAUUCUUAGCCAUGGGCAAAGAAAAGAGUUUUGGAAGGAAAGGAUAUUCAAAUUUUUCACUUACAGCAAUAAACAAUGGCUUCUUGAUCAAUUUAAAUAUUGUAAACUCUUUCUUGAGGCGAAUUCGUAUUCUGAGAAGCCAGGAAAUAUUCCAAAAAGCCUCAUGAAGUUAGGGCCAUAUAUCUUCCAAGUCAUUAGUAGAGCCAAAAAGACAAGGACCAUGUUUUUGGCUGGAGAUAGAUGGAAUGAAGCUCCCAAUGCACAGUUAGAUUCUAACAAAACUGGCAAAACCACUGUUUCACUUCUGAACAUUCCAGCCCUUUUAAAUGGCAUUGUAAAUUUUGAAAAAUUCUGUCGCUCUAUCUGCCUAUUCAAGACUAAGAAUGGAAAAAUUGAAAUUGAUCUUGAAAGUCAGAUAUAUAGAGAUCUUGCUUUGAAAAACCAGCAAGUGUUCAAGCAGUUCAUUAGCUCCAACUUCAGUACUAAUUAUGCAGCAGUAAUGACAGAGUAAGC